GCAAGUUAGUUCUACUUUUCCUGGAGUUACGCAGAGCUAAAAUGAUGGGUAAAGAACGGAGGAAAAGUACCACUGUUUGUUUGGCUGCAGCGUUUCUUUUAACAUGUCAUUUAGUGCAAACGGCAGAAUCCCUUCGGCUGACCAAAACACAAAGACGAGCAGCGCGGAAAGAGUUUGAUGUUGGCGUCCAGGAAGGGAAAAUUCUGUUCGGAGAUGAAUCUGAGGAAGACUCGCAUGUUACGGACGGAAAUUGGAAAGCCUCUUCAAACUCUUCUGUGGAGGAUGAAACUUCUUACCAAGCAGAUUUUGCAGGAUGGACCCAACCCGAAAUUGAUGACGCCCACAARGACAAAUGGAACCGUAUGGGAACCUCCCUGCAUUGCUUUGGGGAUCAUCUCAAGUUCAGAUCACUCGGAUCAGGUGCUUCACAGUUUGAGGUGGAACAAGAAAAUAAGCAAUCCAUGCCUCUGGCCAUGGUCCCACCUAAAUGUGGCUACAAAAUGCAUGGGAACUCUAUGGCAUUUGUGAUGCUGAUUCCAUAUGAAGGCUGCAACAUGAUUCAACAGGAUGACAAUUAUAAGUUACCACUGCGUUGGCAUGGUAAGCCUGUCUCGCUCCUAUGUCCCAAACGUGGAAGGAAGGCUUACCAUCGUAGGCAUCACUGGCCCAAGUAUGAGGUGCCCCAGUAUCCACAAGAACUGCAGUAUCCCCUGAUCCCUCAGGAGCCCCUGUAUCCCCAGGAGCCUAAGUAUCCACAAGAACUGCAGUAUCCCCUGAUCCCCCAGGAGCCCGUGUAUCCCCAGGAGCCCGUGUAUCCCCAGGAGCCCCCAUUUCUGCAAGACACCCAGAUUUCCCAGAUGCUCCAGUAUCUUCAGAGUCUACAAGAUUCCCAGGUACCAAAAUUUUCCCCAGAGCCCAAAUAUCCUCCAAUUCUGCAAGACCUUCAGCUACCCUUAUUUCCACAGUAUCCUCAAAUGCCCCAGUUUCCACAAGACUCAAAUUAUCCCCCAUUGCCUCAAGAGCCUCAAGUUCCACAAGUCACCCCAGCACCCCAGGACUCUCAGCCUAAGUUUCUGCCUUAUCUUUAUGCUCACCCAUUGUUUUCUUAUUUCUCCUCACUGGGAGCUGAAAAACCAGACUCGUCACAAUCUUCAGAACCUGUCUACCCACAGCAAGCUUUAUCUUCUCCAGACCCAACUGCAACUGAACCAAGUGCAUCACCAAGAGCCUCUGCAGCAAAAGUAACUAGUUAUCCCCAGUUGCCUUUUGACCCACAUUUUAUGCCAUUUGGUCCUUUUGUUUAUGACUUGCCUCCCUAUUUUCCUUACCCUCUUCCUGAACACGCCAAAAUUCCUAUGCCAGAAAACCCAGAGAAUCCCACGCCAGCCAUGACGACUGCAGCGCCCACAACUUCUGUAACUCCUCCAACGCCUUCAGGAGGCACUCAGGCUUCCACAGAUAGUCCUUCAUUUUAUAAACCUGAACAUUUCCCUUUUUCAUAUGGACGGCAAUUUCCACAGUUGUUCUACCCUUUUCAAGGCUAGUCUAUAAUAAAUAUUUAACUAAA